AUGGAUGAAAGAGGAGAGACGGUUCAUCUUCAGCCAGUUCCUGAUUCUCUUGAGAACCCGUCGCCAUUGCCCGCCAAAGAGGAUUCCGAUGAGGACUACGAUCCGCACGAGCAUAGACAGUUGGCUAAACCUACGAAUAAUGCGGAGACGUUGAUUCAUCUGCUGAAGUGUAGCUUGGGAACUGGUAUCCUGGCUAUGCCACAGGCCUUCGCUCGAGCUGGUCUGGUCACUGGGAUUUUAGCCACUGUGAUAGUUGGAGUCAUAGUCACACACUGUCUCCAUGUUUUGGUAAGAUCUCAGUACCAAGCGUGUAAACGUCUCCGGGUUCCUCUCCUCACGUACCCCGAGUCGAUGUCAACAGCCUUGGGCUGUGGGCCGGAUUUCCUUCGUAAGUUCGCUCGACCUUCCGCCCUGGCCGUGGAUAUCUUCCUCGUGGUCUACCAGCUGGGAAUAUGCUGUGUCUACAUAGUGUUUAUAGCUGAUAACAUAAAAAGAGUUUGCGAUCCAUAUUACAAUAUGGCGGUUGAAUUGCAUAUGCUGAUAAUCCUACUGCCGUUGAUAGCCUUCAACCUUAUUCCAAGUCUUAAGUUAUUGGCGCCAUUCUCCGCUCUGGCCAAUGUCAUGACUUUCGUUGGUUUGGGUAUUGUGGUGUACUACCUGCUUUCUGGUGAGAAGAAAUCGGAUUCGCCUUUGGACCUAUGGGGAUCUACGGCGACUUUUCCGCUGUUCUUCGGGACUAUUCUCUUUGCACUUACCGCAGUUGGUGUGGUGAUUACGGUGGAGAACAACAUGAAGACUCCCAAAUCCUUCGGCACUCCUUGCGGUGUCAUGAAUACAGGAAUGUUCAUCAUUGUAUUAUUGUACGUGGCGGUCGGAGCAUUGGGUUAUGUCUUCUGUGUGGACAAGUGCAGCGACUCUAUAACACUGGACCUGCCUCAGAACAGCCCUCUAGCCACCAGUGCCAUAAUAAUGUUCGCGGUGGCCAUCUUCAUCAGUUACGGCCUGCACUGCUACGUGCCCGUGGAGGUUCUAUGGAAGGGCUACGUCCUGCCUCGCGUUGAACGAUCAGCGCCAAACAAAACAAGAUUCUAUGAAUAUGCACUUAGAGUAUCUCUUUGUUUGCUCACAUUCGUACUAGCGGUGGCCGUACCACGUCUUGGUUUAUUUAUAUCGCUGUUUGGAGCUCUAUGUCUGUCCGCGCUUGGGAUCUGUUUCCCAGCACUAAUGGAGGUCUGUCUCAGCUUCCCACAACGAGCCAGCACUUCCAGGAGCCUGCUGUUCACUAAAGACGCCAUCCUCUUCAUAAUCGGCAUCGUGGGUCUCAUAGCGGGCACUUACACCGCUCUACACAGCAUAGUACGCUCUUUCACAUAG